GUGUCAUUGUAGGAGAGGAGAAAACUCGAGUAUUUAAACAGAACUCAUUAUCUAUUUAUUUUGAUUAAUAACCAUUUAUAUAACUGGAGAAUAUUAUGUGAGAAGUGUGAUGAUGUCUUUUAAUAAUUGCCACGGUCGUACUUUAUGCUGGGAUUAUCAGGUGCAGAGAGGAGACACUAAUAUAAGCAUGAACAGAAUAAGGAAUAUUAGCAAAUAUAUUUUGAUCGUGUUUUUCACUGUUGUACGGAAAUUCCAUUUUUGGUCCCAUAAACGCGCAGGAGCAGCACUGUCUAGCAGCAGACCCCGCCUUCCACUGAAGCGCAUGCGCUUUACAGCCCAGUCCCGCCCAUGUGUCCCGCUUCCUGUCAGUCUGGCAGCGCAAGCGCAAAGAGGAGUCGGUGUUAUGGCGGCCGCAGUGUUGGCCGAGGGCUCGGUAGUGUCUGCUUAUUCUGGGAUUACCCAUAACAGUCAUGGAGCAGCGUCGGGGGUCGGAGUGGGCGUAGGGCCGGCUGCAUGGAACCGUUCUUUAGAGAGAGCACUGGAGGAAGCGGCCAUGACCGGGGUCCUAAACCUGAGUGGCAGGAAACUGAGAGAGUUUCCGCGCAGUGCAGUCCAGCACGACCUCAGCGACACCACCCAAGCCGACUUAUCUCGGAACAGACUAAGUGAGAUUCCACCUGAGAUUUGCAACUAUGUUUCCUUGGAGACUCUGAACUUCUACCAGAACUGCAUCCGACAUGUGCCAGAAACAACCCUAAAUUUACAGGCCUUGAACUUCCUGAAUAUCAGUCGCAAUCAGCUCACGUCACUGCCUGGACACCUAUGCAGCCUUCCGUUGAAAGUUCUUAUUGCCAGUAACAAUAAGCUGGAUUCUUUGCCAGAAGAGAUUGGAUCAUUAAGGAAUCUGACUGGUAGGUUUACCAAGAAUAUGCGUGAUGUAAGCUGUAAUGAAAUUCAGACAAUUCCUACACAAAUCGGAAAGUUAGAAUCCUUAAGGGACUUAAACAUCAGGAGAAACCACCUUGUACAACUUCCUGAAGUAUGCUUUCGAAACCUACGGCAUCUCCAAACCAUCACCCUUGAUAACAAUCCUCUGCAGUCUCCACCAGCACAGAUAUGUACCAAAGGUAAAAUCCAUAUAUUCAAAUACUUGAACAUUGAAGCCUGCAAGAAUGCCCCCGAUAUUCCUGAUUAUGACCGGAGAACACUUGGUUUUAGCACUUGCCGUGAUGAUGUCUAUACUGGACGCCGGUAUGGUGCUCUGGACUCUGGUUUUAACAGUGUGGAUAGUGGCGACAAGAGGUGGUCUGGCAAUGAGCCAACUGAUGAGUUCUCAGAACUAACUGUAAGAAACAGCGAUGCAGGCAGAGAGCAGCGACUUCGGAGAGAACAUCAUCUGCAAGAGAGUAGGAGCAACUCUGUUAUUCCCAACGGUGGUGUGGAACAUGAUUUAGAUCAAAUAGAUUAUAUAGAUAGCUCUGCUGCAGAAGAGGAGGAGGAGGACAAUAGGCUAUCCAGAGGAAAUAGUCUGAGCUCACAAUUUAUCUCUUACAUAGAGGAGAGACGAAUUUCCAAUGAGGGAUCUCCUGUGAAAAAAUCAUCAGUGAAAGAUAUGAGAACAGCUGAUGGAAAGAUCAUUUUACAUCGAACCAGAGAAAGAGAAGAUCUAAGAAGACCAGAAUCCUUAAGCAUUUUGCACCACAAAGAAAGGCAACUGUCACCACGAAUGCAAAAUGAAAGGCAACCUCUGGAUGCUAGUCACUUGCUUUCCACAACACCCAACUCCAGCCAAGUAACACAAGCAGACACAGAUCUACAACGCAAGAGAGUUUUGCUAGAAAGCACUAGGAGAGAGGCACAAAUAGCAGCUCAGCGAUAUGAAGAAGAGAGAAUAAGAAGGGGGUUAUCACAGACUGAUUCUUUGCUUGGCUCCUUAAAAAGUAUAUCCCUGAGCCCUGAGAGAAAGAGCAUCCUCAACAAUCAGUGUUCCUUUCCAUCCAGACGUUCCCAGCACACAGAUGAUAGUGCCUUGUUAGUGAAUGGGUUUGAGCCGCACUUGGUUUUUGAGGUUGACAGUAACACGAAUACCAUUAAAAGGAGACCAGGAAACCACAUGCAGCUCAUUUAUAUGUUUUACCUGCUGAGUGAUGAGAGAUCGUCUGUUUCAUCUGUAUCACCUGCUUCUCAAACAGGUGAGUUCUUGUUAUUUAAAUAUUGCUUCAAGGGCUGUCCCCGAGAUAUGGCACUCUUGGAUCAGGAAAUUAUAGUUUUACAGUGGGUUUUCAAGCAGCAGGCACAUUUUGCUGAGUGGACUGGGUUGUACCAGAACAUUGAGUCACGCUUAAAGCUGUCUUUGCCCCAUGACCUUGGUGCGGCCCUGAUGGAUGGUGUGGUCCUGUGUCACUUAGCCAAUCAUGUUCGGCCUCGGUCAGUGCCGAGUAUCCAUGUUCCCUCUCCUGCUGUCCCCAAGCUCUCCAUGGCAAAAUGCCGACGCAAUGUGGAAAACUUCCUGGAAGCCUGUAGGAAAAUUGGUGUUCCUCAAGACAAAGUUUGUCUUCCUUCUGAUAUUCUCCAGCUAAACCUCUGCAGCAUUAAGGGAACUCUGGAAUGUCUUCUCUCCUUUGGAGAAUGCUCACAAACACCUGCUAUUUCUCUUCAUCUCCUGGGCUUUGUGGUGUUCUACUGCACCCUCAUGCUUCUUCUCUUCCUGCUUUAUCGCUGGGUUCUGAACUUUUGGACACAGGCAUAAAAAGGCAGGGGUUACUUUUGAAGGGACAAGUGAACAGUUUGCGUUUCUCCUUAAAACUUUCGGUGAUAAGCACAUUUAGUGUUAUACCUGUACUUUGCUACAGACUACAGUAUCUCUGCAUACAAGUAUGUACAUCACAACUAUGCAUGAGGGACAGAAAAGAUCUUCUACUUAACACUUCCUGUUGACUUCUAAAUGAAAGCUCUGGGUGCAACAGUCAUCCCAUACUUGCUUGGUAUUUCUUUAAUUUGAGGAGAUCUGACACUCGUUAUUUGUAUUGCAAA